AUGUCCGACCCCGCCCGGUCACGCUUCGGUCACGACGUCCUGCGCACGUUUGACGCAUGGCGAGAUGCCCGGGAUUUCCUCGCCGACGUCAUCGAAUCCAGUCGGGCAUCAAGCGAGACCGAGGAGCUUCUCCAGCAGAGCCUGGUCGCAGAUUCGGAGGACUGGCACUAUCUGAUUGACUGCGCCGAAUCACUCCGGAGGCUGAGCGGCUACGACCAGCAAAGUCUAGAUGGCCAAGAUGUUGCUGCCUACGUCUGGGAGAUAUGGAAUGGGUUGGAACCACCAACUUCGGAGCCAUGGGAAGCUACUGAUCGGCUUAUUGCUCGGGCAAAGGAGCUGGAGCGCGACCCCGAAAUUCGGCCACCGUCCUCAGCCGGGCUUCUCGACAAUCAGCGGCAACGGCGGUGCGACUCGGAAGUCGGGUUGCCCUAUUCUCAGCCGCCGGAGAGCGCGAAGCGCCAUCUCACUACAUCACACUACUGGUCCGACCAGCCCCAAGACGAACGCCCACAAGAAAGCCACAGGUGGAGCAUCCCGACUCAAUUACCUCUAUUGAAUCUUGCCCAAGGCUGUGUGUCUGUGGCGUCACCAGUAACUGAGAAUGGCAACCUCAACUACGUCUCAAACCAGCUAUAUCUCCAGUCUCAAAUCAAUAAUCCCAAUGAGUUGGUUCAAGGGCAGUGCUCUGAUCAAAUAACGGCCCCUGAAAAUUGGACCGGCCUGUUAGGAGAUCAAAGUCUGGACGUGAAACAUGUCAGUUCAACAUCUCCAUACUUUACACCACCAAUUUCGGCACCAGAGCAGAAGCCUCAAGCCAAAAAGCGACCGCCUCGUGGCACAAUAUCUGCAGUGCCAUUCGCGCCUCUCACCUCGCAAACGUUUGGCCUUAUUCAAGAAGUGUUUGCACACGAACCGUUCUGGCUGCUGAUUGCGGUAACUUUUUUGAUUCGAACAAAGGGUCUUCAUGCAAUUCCCGUGUUUUACAAGUUCAAGGAGCGUUUCCCCACCCCGAUGGCGGUUGUCGACCUAGCGAAUACGGAUGAGCUUGUCGGCAUGAUACGCCAUCUUGGGCUCUCAGUUCACCGUGUGGCUUUGAUGCAAAAGUAUGCCCAAGGUUUCCUGCACAAUCCGCCGAGAGCUGGCAAGACAUACAAGGUGAAAAAUUACGACCGAAGGGACUUUGACCCGUCGGCGAAAGUAUUUCAAGAGUUAAACAGCAACCCUUCAACACCUUCGGAGGAAGACCCGGAUGAGCAUGACCUUGAAGCAUGGGAGAUUGGACAUCUCACCAAAGGCAAAUAUGCCAUCGAUAGCUGGCGGAUAUUUUGCCGUGAUGAGCUGCUCGGCCGAGCCACGGACUGGAACGGGGGUGGGCGAGAGCCAGAGUUUCAGCCCGAGUGGAUGAGGGUCCGGCCAGACGACAAGGAGCUCAGGGCAUAUCUAAGAUGGAUGUGGAUGAAGGAGGGCUGGGAGUGGGAUCCCGUCUCAGGUGAACGCACCGUCUUGCGGGAGGAGAUGCAGCGGGCAGUAAACGAGGGAAGAGUAGAGUACGAUGACACGGGCGGAUUGAGGAUCUUGGACGAGCCGAGAGUGGGUUGGAUGGAUUCUGAUGUCUUGUCUUGA